AUGAAAGCAAAGGAGCGGUCUUUCUGUUUCCUUUUUGGGAUCUUUGGAAAAUGUGGUCAAUAUGCCUGGCAGACUUUAAUUGCUUAUGAUGCAUGCAUACGGUUGUGUCUAUAUGAAUGGGCAAGAGGUUGCCCUGAGGCACCUGAGUUUCUGCGUGAUGAGUGCCUUCUACUCCGAAGUGCCUUUGGGCUACACAAAUUUUUGUUGCAACCACGAGGUGUACAACCAGUAGAAGUGAGCACUGCUAAGAAUGUGGAACAAUUUUCAUUGAAGGCAAAGAAGGUUGUUGGAAAAAUAAGAGUGGAAGUGAAGAAACUUCGCAUAAUCCCAAGGCGAAAACUUAAAGGCACAUAUUCACAGCGUAGUGCAAUGUACAUGCAAGUGGGAGUGGACUAUGUCCGACACGUCUCAUCACUCGUGAAAAGUGGCAUGAAUUCUCUUAAAGUAGCCUCAUUUUCGGUGACAUCUGAAGAACCAUUAUCUUGCUUAUUCCAGCUAAAGAGUACUACAGAAGAUACCAAAGUUGAACCAAGUUCCACAAUCUGCUUGCACCCCGGGUGUGGUGAUUACCAUGUCUUUUUCCCAGAGACUGAAGCUGAUGCUCUUUUGGUGGAAGUCCAAGAUCAAAAGAAAUCAGUCCAGGGCCGAACAACAAUUCCAGUUUCAUCCUUGACUGAUAAUCCCAAUGAUAGAAUCAGAUGGUAUCCCAUAUACCAUGAGGAUGAAGAAUGUGUUGGGAAGAUCCAGCUAUCUAUUGGAAGUACAAUUACUUGUGAUGAGACGAGUCAGAUAAAGAGUGCGCCCAUUGUGGAGACACUAGCCUACGAUCUACUCCUGGAGGCUUCAAUGCGCGCACAGCAUUUUCAUUCCCAAAACUUGAGGUUACAAGGACCUUGGCAGUGGCUAUUGACUGAGUUUGCAGACUACUAUGGCGUUUCUGAUUCUUAUACAAAAUUGAGAUAUCUGUUACAUGUCAUGAAUGUGGCCACACCAACAAAAGACUGUUUAGAGCUCGUGCAUGAGUUGCUUGUACCUAUUUUAAAGGCAAGGAGUGAGAAAAGCUUGACAAGACAGGAGAAAAGCAUAUUGCUUGAUUGUGAAACACAAAUUGAGAGUCUCUUGGCAAAUGCUUUUGAGAACUACAAGUCAUUAGAUGCAAAAUCUCCUACAGGGCUAGCAGAGUUGUUUGGCCCAACCCAAGAGAAUGCAGCACCAGCUCUAGCUCCUGCUGUUGAAGUAUACACUCUCCUUCAUGAUAUACUAUCUCCUGAUGCUCAGACUAUGUUGAGAAACUAUUUGCAGACUGCAGCAAAAAAAAGGUGUCGGAAGCACAUGAUUGAGACUGAUGAGUUUGUUUCAAGCAACUCUGAAGGUUUUCUCUUGGACACAAUUACCAUCUCAACAGCUUAUCUGAAGAUGAAGAAUCUGUGUAUAAACAUUAGCAAAGAAAUUCAGGCAGACAUCAAGAUCCACAAUCAGCAUAUACUCCCCAGUUCAAUUGACCUGUCAAACAUCACAGCUGCAGUAUAUAGCACGGAGUUGUGUAACAGGCUUACUGGUUUCCUUGCCGCAUGGCCUCCAUCUAGUCCUGCAUCACAUGUUAAUGAACUUUUGAUUGCAAUUGCAGAUUUUGAGAGGGAUCUUGAGUCAUGGAACAUCAGUCCUGUGCAGGGUGGUGUAGACUCAAAGACUUUGUUUCACAAUUACAUAAUGGUGUGGGUAGAGGAUAUGCAGCUUAAGCUACUUGAUCUUUGCAAGUCUGAAAAGGUGCCAUGGUCUGGAGUGACAACAAAUCAUUCCACCUCUCCGUUUGCUGAAGAAAUGUAUGAGAAGAUCAAAGAUUCUCUUAGUGGAUAUGAGGUGGUGAUCAAUCGAUGGCCUCAGUACUCACUGGUCUUGGAAAAUGCUGUUGCCAAUGCGGAAAGAGCAAUCAUAAAAGCACUGGAGAAACAAUACAAUGACAUCUUGACUCCUUUGAAAGAUAGCAUUCCAAAAAGGCUUAAUAUGCAUGUCCAGAAGCUGACAAGAAGGCAGUCAACAGCACUCUAUUCAGUUCCCAGCCAAUUAGGAAUCUUCCUCAACACCGUCAAGAGAAUUCUUGAUGUCUUGCACUGUAAAGUGGAGGAUAUCUUAAAAUCUUGGGCAUCCUAUCUGCCUCUCAUGGGAGACAAGAAGUUGCUGUUUGGUGAGCAGAUGAAUGGAAUCACUGUGAUGUUGAGGACAAAGUAUAAAAAUUACUUGCAGGCAACAGUGGAGAAACUUGUUAACAAUACACAAGCUAAUCGGAACACAAGACUAAAAAGGAUUCUGGACGAGAUAAAGGAGGAAGAUGGGGAGGCUGAGAUCCGUGAGAGAAUGCAGAUGCUCAGUUCACAACUGAUUGACUCUAUCUCUAACUUACAUGAGGUCUUCACAAGUCGAAUAUUUGUAGCAACCUGCCGUGGAUUUUGGGAUAGGAUGGGACAGAUUGUACUGAAAUUUCUUGAAGGCAGGAAGGAAAACAGAGUGUGGUACAAUGGAUCAUAUUUUGCUCUGGGGAUACUGGAUGACACCUUUGCUUCCCAAAUGCAGCGACUGCUAGGAAAUUUGCUCCAAGAAAAAGAUCUUGAGCCUCCUCGUUCUGUGAUUGAAGCUCGGUCUAUCCUCUGCAGAGACACAGCUAAUGCAACAGAUGCAUCCACCUACUUCUAUGUCUGAGAAGCUGCCAAACCAACCUAAUUUUUAUGCACGUCCAGCACAGAGUGUACAGUCUCGAGAUUUCAGUGCAAAAUUCUGUUUUAUUCUUUUUGUAUAUGUAAAAAUACCCAGCACUAUGCUGGAAACCAACACACCAUGAAAGCAGUCUUAUUUCCGUAUGUCAUCUUCCAAAUUCUUGUAUUCUUUGUUGAAAUUGCCUUCGAAAUAUUUCAGUGAUCCCAAAGUUCCGCUUU